AUGAAUCCAGAAGGCUUAGCGUGGACGCCAAGGCCGGACGAUUAUUGGCAAGUGAAGGCUCAUGAUUCGUCGAUCAAUGCGUUAGAGACGGUGAUGGAGGGAUCGGGGGAGGUGUCGGUGAGGAUGAUGAUAUGUGGAAGUGGCGACGAGAAAAUCUCGAUUUGGGAUGCGAAGAAGCAAAAGAAGAUAGAGACGCUGCAGCAUGUGCAUCAAGGAUACAUCAGCUCGCUCCUUGUAGUGGAUGACAUGCUCUUGUCCGGUUCCUUUGAUCAGACCAUAUGUCUUUGGAGCAUAGAGCGACGCUCUCUCAUAAAGCAGAUCAAGGCGCAUGCUCACUGCGUCAAUCAUCUUUUCCUGCAUGAGAGCGGCGUCGUGCUCUCUGCCUCUUGGGACAGCUGUGUGCGCGUGUGGGAUCUAAGAACGAGACUGCAAGACCAUGGCUUCUCGUCGGUGGUGAAACUCCCUGAUGCCGCGCUGUGUGUGGUAGGAAAGCAAACUGAUGUCUACUGCGGGCUGCAUGACUGCAGCAUAGCAGCGCUUGACCUGCGCUCGAGCAAGCAGCGCGACACUUUCACGGGACACUCCGGAUACGUCACGUCACUGCACCUCGCGAACCUCGAGCUGUUCUCAACUUCCUUCGACGGGUCAGUGAGGGUGACGGAUGUGAGGAACGGCAAGGGUAGGGCGGUGCUGGAGACCGGUCUUGCUUCCUUCAACGUCUAUCACAGAGUCGACGGGACCAGGAGGUGGGUCACCUCGUCGCAUGCUGAUGGAGGCAUCCGCAUUACCAACGUGGUGUCGGGGGAGGUCAAGAUGAAGUUCGAGACUGCCGACAAGGAGCAGAUUUUCUCCCUCAUCGCAAAUCACCACGGGAUGCUCAUUGCAGGAGACGCGCUGGGGAAGAUGCAUGCGUGGGGGGUGAAGAGAGAGGAGGAGGAGGCUGCCGUGCCGACGAUGAAACGGCCUCCUGCAUCGUCGGCAAGGAUGAAGUUGUGUGCCACCAGGAUCCAGAAGGUGCGGGUCUCUCCUCCUUCCUUUCAGCCAGCUGGGGGAGCUCUGCUGCCCUCGGGACAGGUGACCAUCACCUGCUCUACUCCAGGAGCCACCAUCCUCUACAGUCAGGUAGCCAAGACCAUCUCCUUGUCCGACAUGCAGGACUCGCACGUGGUCUCGGGCCCCAUUCCAGUGAGCUCCCUGGCGAGCUCCUCUCCGCUCGUCCUCCAUGCGAGAGCCUUCGAUCCCAGCUCGAGGAAGGGAGCGAGCGCGGUGACGUCGACGUCUUUCGAGUUGAAGGUCAGAACGCCAAGCGUCAAGGAAAAGGUUGCUGGAACCAGCAAGCCCGCACGUGCUGUAGGGGAUGCAAAACGAGUAGGCGGAGGUUUCCGUCUGACCGACGUGUCGCGAGAGCUCAGCAAGACUCAGGACAGAAGCAAGGUGAAGGAGCAAGUGGCCGGGGAGAAGAGAUGA